GAAGAGAUUUGAGGCCAUUUUUUCUCACCCCUGUGGGAGGUUGCUUGCUGCUAGCUUCACUUAUAGAUACGCAAAAUAUAUAUAUAAAAAAAAUCCAAGCAGAAAACUUGUGUUUAUUUUAAUUAUAAUAACGUUUUAGUCUUAAGUCUUCAACUCUAAAAUGGCGGAUGAGAACAUAUUCAAGCUCUUAAUCAAAUUGACUCAGGAAGGACAUCUGUGUCAGAUUAGAACGCAAAUAGAGCAAGCGAGUGAAAUUAAAUCCUUUAUAAAUGCACAUUUAGGCAAAUCAGGAGACACUCUGCUGCAUUAUGCUGCCCGACAUGGACAUUUGGACAUUGUAAAGUAUUUCGUUGAGGAUUUAAACGUGGAUAUUGAGUUAUACAAUAAUGAUUACAAGCGAGCUUUACAUGAAGCUGCUUCCAUGAGUCACGACCAAUGUGUUCGCUACCUUAUCGACAAUGGAGCAAAAGUUGACUGCCUAAAAAAGGCAGACUGGACCCCUCUUAUGAUGGCCUGCACACGCUGUAAUCUCGAGGUUAUCAGAGUGCUUCUGGACCAUGGUGCUGAUCCGACCUUGCAGAAUAAAGAUGGCUGGAACUCGUUCCACAUUGCAUGCAGAGAGGGCGAUCCAGCUGUCAUAGAGCACCUUCUGCACAGCAGGCCAGAUGUGUGGAGGACAGAGAGCAAGACACGCCGGACUCCUCUACAUACUGCUGCUAUUCACGGCUGUCUGGAAGUUGUCAAGAUUCUUCUUGAGAGAUGUGAUUAUAAGCCUGAUGAGAAAGACAGCUGUGGAGUAACACCAUUCAUGGAUGCUGUAAGAAAUGGACAUCUGGGUGUAGCCAAGCUGCUGCUGGAGAAGCACCAAGCCUGUCCAACUGCUGUAGAUAUUCUGGGAGCACAGCCACUACACCAGGCCUCUGUAACAGCCCAAGAUGAGGCACUGCAUUUCCUCAUACAUGAGCUUAGCGUUGAUGUUAAUGUGAGAGCCACAGCAUUGGAGCUGUCAGCGCUUCAUUACGCAGCUAAGGAAGGUCACACAAACACCAUAAAAGCCCUGCUGCAGUUAGGUGCCGAUCUUCACGCUAGGGAUAAGAAAGGACGGUCAGCUUUACACAUGGCAUGCAUCGGGCAGCAUGCGAUCACAGCGAGGACCCUGCUGCAGCUUGGACUCGCAGACACAGCAGACAGUACAGGCACUAGAGCCAGACAGCACGCCAAGAAACCAGACGUAACCAAAGUGUUCGAGACGACUGAGGAACCAGAGCUUUAACAAAAAGCUAUCCAGAUAAAUCAUGUUAAAUUAUAGUUAUCAUUUGUGCGAAUGUAUUUGAAAUAAACCGAACACUUUUGUGUGGAAA